GUUACUCAUUUUGGUGCCUGGUCUCUCACAUUGCACUCAUUUCUGACUCGCGUUUUGAGGCAGAUACAUCGAGCAUGAAAACACAUUCCAAGGAUUUGGAACGGAUUUCCAAGGAAGUCGCGGCCCCUCACGCCCAUUGCCAGCCCCGCCUGAAGGGGAAGCCGCGGGUCCCUCCUGGACGCCUCGGUGCCCUCAGGCUGUGGAGGGAUAAAAAAGGAAUAAAUCUCGUCGGAUAUCGAAUUGAGGCUGGCCCCGCCAUUCCCCCGCCGUCUCCAGCCCCUCUGAGGGGCUGCCUCCCCCGGGAGGGAGCGCCCUUGCAGAGGAACCAGCUGCAGAAUGAAGCUUCAGAAAAUCCUCAGUUGUCUGACAAAACAGAUUUCGCUCCUUCUGAGGACUUGCAGUCCCUUUCCAAGAUUGGACCUCUGGAAAAGAUUUUAAAUGAGACGAGCAAAGAAAUUAAUAACUUUUUAUCAAAAUAUGCUGACGUUAUAAGAGCAAGAGCAUCGUUGGAUUCUUCUUACGUCCAGGAACUUGAUGGGAUCUUAAAAGAAGCCAGGGCCAUACACAACCACUUAAAGCAGAAAAGAGAGAAGAUGAAACAGAGAUUCGCUGGCAUUGCCAACUCCCUGCAAAGCUAAAUGGAAUUUGUUAUAGAAAAGCAGAGCCAAAGUUGUGUUUGUGUAUGAAAACAAACUGUGACGAGUGUUGUGAUGCCUGUUUCUUGUAUAAAUAUUUCUGUCAGUUCAGAAAAUUCCAACAAGUUAAGCAGCUACUUAGUGUUUAAAUACAUAAUGUAGUGAUAGUUAAUAAAAACAAUUUGGAGUGUCUGUUUUAAAUCCUGUGACUCAAUGGAUUAAGACAUUAAGCUAUGUUAGCCCAUCCAGCAUAGCAGAAAAACAUUUCUGUGAAACAUAGAAACUUACGAUGUAAGUGAAAAAUGACCUCAGAUUAUUUCAUGUUAACCAUUUUAUGGUUAUGGGGUUUUUUUUCUCCUUUCUACUUUAAACAAUGUUUUUGUGAUAAAAUAUUAGUAGAAUAUACUUGUGGUGUUAUUUCCAUUUUGCCUCAGAAUGUAAAGAGGUUGAAAACAUCAGCUUAGAAAUAAGAGAGUUCUAUAAAGAACUCUGAGAAAGUAUAAGGUCUUAAUUUCAAAUGCAUUCUAAUACUGGUACAUGUGUUACACUUCAAGCCCUUGUGGAUAUAAAACAUAAUCAAAGCUUUGCUGUUGGUGUCAAUAAAUAAAUAGAUAAUGUUAACACGAUCCAGAAUUACAGUGUUAUUUUGUCAUUUGGCUACACGGGUGUUGUUUGCUGAUAUUCAGUUUUCCUGAGAACACAGAGCCCUUUCUCUUUCUUGUCAUUCUACUCUGUUAAAAAAUAAAUAAAUUUAAAAAAAAUGAAAUAUGGAAUGCACAAAGGACCACUUGUACAAAGUGUGGGGCUUAUGUAAUAAAGAGAAGUGCUGGAACAAGAUAUAUUUCUAUCUUUACCUCGAUAGCAUGCAGUGAUUUCCUCUUUCAAUCCUCUCAGACC